CUCUCUCUCAAGUGAGACAUGUUUGGCAUUCUUCUUUGAUUCCGUCUCACUUCCCUUACAUUUCAACUUGCUGCUAAAUACCAAGUAAUACUCCGUAUUAAUUAAUUUCCUCUCUCAUCUCUCUUUUCUGCAACUUUUUCAACCAGAAUUCUUCUUCCUUUAUCACGAGCUCUCCCUGAAAAUGGUGGAAAAGGAAUCUCAAGCCCAACUAUCCCUUUCAAACCUCAAAUCUUGUCUCUAACAAGCUUCCAUUAAAGCCAUUCUCCAUCUUCUCACUCCUCUUUUGUCGGUGUCUCAACUUCUUUCCUCGCGUCCGGCGUGAUUCCAGAUACUUUCUGGAUCUCCUACAUCAUGAAUUUCAUCUAUUUAACUUCAUCUCAUCAUUUGAAUUAUUCUCAUUUUCAAUUUAUUGAUUUAGGGUUUUCAUGACUAAUUUCCAUUUUCAUGGACGGACUUUAAUUUAGCUUGUUUAAACUAAUUUUCUCAGUUUUAGGGUUAGGGAAUAUGGAGGACAUAGGGUUAGUUCAGCAAGCAUGGAAAUGGUUGCAAUCUCAAAAGCAUUUGUGUUCAGUUGCUCCGACACUGAUUUGUGGAUUUAGAGAUAGGACUUGGGUCGCCAUUGAUACACAUUGGCCAAUGAUUUGUAAUGGUUUCAAGAACUUCUUGAACUUUGUGGGUUUGCUGUUUCUUUACUGGAAAGAUAGCUUUUUUAGGGGUUUCCGAUCGUUAAUCGGCCUGCAAUCUGCUGCGUUGCUAAUUAUAAUGUGGAGUUGUUUUUUGAGCUUGACCUCUAUUUCUUGCCUUGUUUACGUAUUGAUUAGCAUUGCGGCUGCAGGAGUUGCUGUUCAAUACUUGGGCUACACUCCUGGAAUUUUUAUAGUGGGACUGUUUGCCAUCUUAAUAUUAUGGAUGUAUGCUAACUUCUGGAUUACAGGAAUAUUGUUCGUUGUUGGAGGCUACUUGUUCUCCCUAAAUCAUGCUCGAUUGGUAGUCUUGAUGGCAAUGAUUUAUUCCAUGUAUUGCGUGAAAGUACGAGUAGGAUUGGUUGGCCCUUUCCUUUCUGUUAACCUUGCCUUCCUAUCAAAUGACGCAUUUAAUUAUUUGUUGCAAUGGUGUGAUACUCUAAACGAGAGUUCACGUGUUAAUGAGCACAAAGCAUCGGAAGCAUUCACAGAGGAUAACUUUUCCAGAGAAUGUGAAUAUUCUAUUCCCUCUGAUGAUUCUGAAGAGCGGUCCUCAUCUACCUCAACUGACAGAAAAGCUAGUAAAAUACCCAACGAAACAACUUUUAAUAGAACAACCUCGAGUAAAACAAAGUCUAGUACAACAACUGCCCUGAAGAAUCAGAAAGAAGCAUCUCCUAGUCAGGUGGUCAAAGAAGACAAAAGCUCAUUGAUUGAAAUGAGAAGGAUCCUAAGCAGUGCUGACCACUAUGAAGCGUUGGGGGUUCCACGCCACAAGAAAAUUGAUGCUUUAAUAUUGAAAAAGGAAUAUAGGAAGAAGGCUAUGCUUGUGCAUCCUGACAAAAAUAUGGGAAGCCCUUUAGCUAGUGAAUCGUUUAAGAAGCUUCAAUGUGCAUAUGAGGUACUUUCGGAUUUUACCAAGAAAAGAGAUUACGAUGAGCAACUAAGGAAGGAAGAAUAUAAAAAUAUCUCCCAAAAGUCUCCUAGCACUUCAAACCAGGAAUCCCAUGAGUUUUUCUCUGAGGAGUCAAGACGGAUACAAUGCACUAAGUGUGGCCUUUCUCACAUAUGGGUUUGUACUAAUAGGUCAAAGGCUAAGGCACGAUGGUGUCAGGAUUGUUGUCAGUAUCAUCAAGCCAAGGAUGGAGAUGGUUGGGUUGAAUACAAAGGAUCUUUGGUCUUAAGUGGACCUCAAAAGGUGGAAAUUCCACGUGCCUUUGUGUGUGCUGAAAGUAAAAUAUUUGAUGUAUCUGAAUGGGCUAUUUGUCAGGGAAUGGCUUGCAGACCCAAUACCCAUCGUCCGAGUUUCCACGUAAAUAUGGUGGGUUUGGAGAAGACAACUCGGUCAAAUUCUAGUAGAUUUCCCUGGGGUUUGGAUGCUGAAAUGAUGGAUGAAGAUGAAGAAGAGUUUGAACUGUGGCUGCAACAGGCUCUUGCUUCUGGUCUGUUUUGUGAAACUUCAAAGCGAAGAAAGACCUGGAGUCCUUUCAAAUUGAAUCAGAAAAAGAAGCAAUGGCGACGAUCAUCUUCAGGAUUGACUUGAUAUACACUGUUGAACUUGAUACCCAUAUAUGGUGACAAUCAUCUCCAGGAUUUACUCGAUAUACGGAAACGGAAGUCCAUAUAUGGUCAUUCACCCACAGAUCGGAUAAGGUUUGUUAUCAAUUUUUGACAAGAGUCACUAGGGUCGACAUCACCGGUGACCUUCCCACAUUGUACAUAUGAAUGUAAACAAUCGCAACUUUGCUUUUCUUAGCAAAUAUCAGUUUUGUUGCGUUUUGGGAUGACCAAAGGUGAGAAUCCUAGAUGUGAUUUGCGGAAGUUGUGUAGGGCACUGUACAUUAUUGAAAUUGUAAAAGAUCAUGUACUAUCUGGUCUUAAUAAUUAUAAAAAAAAGAAAAAAAAAAAAGAAACAAGUCAGAAUUUCUUCAGAUAAAAUGAGCAGAUUAGUUGCAUCUUAUCUCAGAUUUUUGUCAAAUUCAAACCCAUUACUUUUUAUGGAUUCAGACUUAAAGUUGGAUUAUAAUAGCUAGUCUAGUGAGUAGAAGUAUUUAUUCGUGUUAUUGGUUUGAUAUAGGAUUAGAUGUUUUGGGUCGGUUUGAAAUUAGAUUUUGUGUUUAUAUUGUUUUUACAUAACUGUAAAUCAUUUUAAAGUCGGAUUAAAUCGGGGUCGGUUAUAAGUUCGGGUAAUUUUUGGAUUAUCGAAUCUAUUUUGAACAUCUCUAAUUAUAAAAUAUUGUCUCUAUGAGAAGAACCCAACCCAAUAUUAAAUAAAUGCAAUAACAACUUUUGUAAUUAGUGCAUGAUUUCCAAAAUAACAACUUUCCUUCCUCAGGUAAAACCCCUUCUUAAAACUGCUCUCAAA